UCAAGAACUUGAAUUAAAAAAAAACAGAUGGAUGGGCUGGGGUGGAACUCAAGGAAGGUUUCCAGGCAUCAGCUGGAGGCAUUCAAACAUGAUCACCAUGAAUCUCCACAGACAAAAAGACAUUAAGGAGCAGAUUGAACAAAUGCAGAAAAUUUUUGCUGUGCAAGAGCAAGGGAAGAAACUGUUCGCUGUGUCAGUGCAGGAGGCUAUCAAUAAGAACAGGGACAUCAUCAGAUUUCUGACUGUGACUGCACGGGAUGGCAAGCACGACCUGAACCUCGCAGUCAAGUAUGACCAAGUGACAAUCGGCCGGGCCUGCCGAGAUCAGAAGCACCUCAAAAUAUUUUUGCCCAAAGGAAACAUGGAGAGAGCCCGAGAGCUUCUGAGCACUUACAUCUUUGAUCGGAUAAACGUCCAUAACCUCUUGUUGUAUGAAGUCAGGAGGAGGGGGGGGAUCAUUGAAGAGAUGAAGCUGAGAUUGAAAAAAAUGACGGAGUUUGAAAAUGCCAGCCCUGAGGUCCAGGUCCAGUUGCAGCAAAUCCGUCAGCUGGAGAAUGAUAUUGAGAAGAUGCUAGUGAAAAUUGGCACCGGACAGAAGGCCCACACCUUGUACAUGAAGAUGCUGGAUUUGCUGAGAGAGGAAGUGGCUCAGUUACCUGUUCUAUUGGACAGCCUGGACCAUAUGGUGGAGGUCUAUGAAGAGGAACUCAAUGGCAUGCAUCUAAUGUCCAUAGACGCGACAGAAGCCAUGGAAGCUGCCAAGGAAGACAUGCUAAAUACAGAGUCUGAGUUAAUUGCUGAGAAAAAGUUCAGGGACAAUUCAAUCAGCACCCAGUUGAAACAGAUAGAAAGGAUCCAUGCCAAGGACACCGGUGACAGACACAGAAGGACGCUGGGCCGGCGUGAUCUCACUAUGGAUUUUCCCUCCCUGGUGGGCUUCGAAGCAAAAGGUACAAAACUAGAUGUUUCCAAGGCUCAGGUUGAGUACGAAGGUCUGGUGUUGAGCGAGGUGGAAAAGAUCAAGAGCGCAGUCCAGUGUUCGCAUCUUUGGGAUAUUGCUGGGAGAUUCUCAGCCCAGAAGAAAUCUGAGGAGAAUCUGCAGCAGCAGAUUGCAGAAAGUGAGAAAAAACGCAAAGACCUGAAGGCCCAGCUGAAGCAGCUGGAACUGGAGCGGGCAAAGCUGAAAUUCCACGAGACCCAAAGCUUCCUCAGCUUCAGUAAGCUAUCAAAGGAGUUGCGGAAGAACCUGGAAAAAGAAACAGCCAGGCUUCAACAAGUGCACUCCCGGGUAAUCAAGCGCCAGGAGCUCCUACUGCAUUUCGAGAAUGGUGUUGAAAACCUCACCAUGAGGCUCUGCGACAUCACUGUUCCUGGCCAGGAAGAGAUCCGCAUGGACAUUGGUGAUGUGUUUGACAAGCUGAAGUUCUGUGAAAUUAAGCUGAUGCAUCUAUUAAAGAUAAUUCACACCAAGCCAAGUUUCGACUUCAGUCAAGAUGAAACCAAUAAGGCUUUUAUAGAUGUCAGACAUUUUCUAGAGGACAGUACCAGAGAUCAGCAGGAAAACCUAAGGAUCACUUUUGAAGAGGAUGAAGAUGUCAGAGAGGUCUUCAACUUUGCUGACAUUGACCACAGUAUUGUGCCCAACCGGGAUGAUAUCAAGAAGCAUGGCGUAAAGCUCAUUGAAGAGAAGACUAAGGUCACUAAGAAAAAACAGAGAGGACCGACUAAAAAAUAGUGGCUCUUCCCCCAGUCCCUCAA